UCAAACCGUCUAAACGGAGAGAGUCUUUAUAAACUCUGGCGAACAAGAAAGCGAGAGUCUUUGACGGCGUCUCUGCAGAAGAGAGAAAAAUGGCGGACGAUGAAGAAGCACCGAUGGCUGUUCAAAUCCAACCUGAUAUUCCCGUCGGCAAGACUCUCUCCGCGGAGGAAUCAAGCGACGCUGUUUCCGUCGGUGUCACUGUCAUCACUGGUUAUCUCGGCGCCGGAAAGUCCACCCUUGUGAACUAUAUUCUGAACGGGAAACACGGGAAGAAAAUCGCCGUGAUUCUGAAUGAGUUUGGGGAAGAGAUCGGAGUUGAGAGGGCUAUGAUCAACGAAGGUGAAGGAGGUGCCCUUGUUGAAGAAUGGGUCGAGCUUGCUAAUGGCUGUAUUUGCUGCACUGUCAAGCACAGUCUUGUUCAAGCUCUCGAGCAGCUUGUUCAGAGGAAAGACAGGCUUGAUCAUAUACUGCUGGAGACAACAGGUUUAGCAAAUCCGGCUCCUCUGGCUUCUAUUCUUUGGCUGGAUGACCAGCUAGAAUCAGAAGUCAAGCUUGACUGCAUUGUUACUGUCGUGGAUGCAAAGAACCUUCGUUUUCAGCUCAAUGAGCGCCGUGACUCAUCCUCGUUUCCCGAGGCUUUUAAUCAAAUAGCAUUUGCGGACACGGUAAUAAUGAACAAGGUUGACUUGAUUUCUCAAGAGGAAUCUGAUGAACUGGAGAAGGAGAUUCAUUCCAUCAAUUCCCUCGCCAAUGUCAUCCGUUCCGUCAGAUGCCGAGUUGAUUUGUCCAGCAUAUUAGACUGCCAAGCAUAUGAUUCAACCCAUGUUAGUCGGCUUGAAUCCCUGCUAGAAGCAAAUAAAUCAUUAACGACAACGGAUCUUCAUGAUAGUGGAGUGAGGACUCUAUGCAUCAGUGAACCUCAGCCUAUAAACCUCGACAAGGUUCGUUUAUGGCUUGAGGAAAUUCUGUGGGACAAGAAAUUGGAUAUGGAUGUAUAUCGUUGCAAGGCUGUAUUAAACAUUCACAACUCAGACCAGAUGCAUAUUUUGCAGGCCGUUAAAGAGAUAUAUGAGAUAGUUCCAGCGCGAAAAUGGAGUGACGAAGAGAAUAGAGUGAACAAAAUAGUGUUUAUAGGACACAAACUGGACGAAGAAGCUCUUAAAACCGGGUUAAGAGAGUGCAGACCAUGAAGAAAAACCUUAGAUAUUGCAGUGAAAACCGUUUUGGUUUUUACCGAUCUGGUAUGAAGCUCUUUAGUAUACAGCUGAUUUGGGGUUUUUGAAUAUUGUAAUUUUACCAUCUGAGUGUAGUUUUACAGUAGAAUCUUAUAGUUGAUGCUGUUUUAUCGGUAUUGUAUUUUGGACUGUACUACAUUAGCUUCUGCGCCACAUUCAUUUUCAAUCAAAUUUUGA